CUCUGCCCAGAUCUGCACCGCCUCGCGACAACACCAACUUAAAGACCUCACAUCCCACCGUCUUUAAAAGCCAAUACUCAUUUGUCUCUUGUGAAGUCACUCGUUUUACUCUGCAACAUGUUGGCGCACUCGGGCGCUCUGUCAAUCGCUUUGAUCCUCGUCGCUGGUCAGGCAGCCGCCAUCGACCUGAACAUCGACAGCCAGGAAUCCAUAAAAUCUGCAGCAAAAGCACUUGCAAGCAGUGUCGUUACAUUUUACGACUCCAGCCUCCAAGAAGAUCUCAUUCCCGGCCUCUUUCCAGACCCGUACUAUUGGUGGGAAUCUGGCUUGGCCUUCAAUACCCUGAUCGAUUACUAUGGCCUCACAAAUGAUUCUGAGUACAACUCUCGCAUUUCGGAGGCUCUGCAGCACCAGCUAGGCGAUUUCGAAGCCUUCAUGCCCCCCAACCAAACCAAGACUCUUGGAAACGACGAUCAAAGCUCUUGGGCACUCGCCUCGUUGUCAGCGCACGAAGCGCAAAUUCCGGCGCCUGCGUCCGGUAGCUGGAUAGAGUUCGCGAAGAAUGUCUUCGACAUCCAAACAGUGCGCUGGGAUACGAAAAGCUGUAAUGGAGGUCUUAAGUGGCAAAUCUUCACUUUCAACAACGGCUUUAACUACAAGAACUCUGCGUCCAAUGGCCAACUGUUUCUUCUAGCUGCUCGUCUUGCUGAUCAGACUGGCAAUGCUACAUACGCAGAGUGGGCCAACAAGGUAUACAACUGGACCACAGAAAUCGGCCUUGUGUCAGCCGAUUACCAUGUGUUUGAUGGAACAAACGACAAAGAAAAUUGCUCUAGUAUCAACCGCAUCCAAUGGUCGAGCAAUCACGCGCAAUUUACAGAGGGCGCUGCGCUCAUGUAUAAAGUUUCGAACGCCUCGCAGCACUGGACAGAUAUUGUCACCGGAUUUGUUAACGCUUCGUCAGUCUUCCAGGGUAACGACAGUGCGCUUAUUGAGGUGGCUUGCGAGAACAAUGGAAAGUGCGACGUCGACCAACGAGCGUUCAAAGGCAUCGCCACCCGCUCAUUUGCUCGCGCUGCACAAGUUGCCCCUAUAGUCGCAGAGCCGAUCUACACUAUGUUGAAUGCCUCCGCUAAAGGUGCAGCUCAGAACUGCGAAGGCACUGGUGAAAACGUUGCAUGCGGAUUCAGUUGGUCAAGCUUGAGCAACAGCAACUUGGAAGAGAAGACUGCUGGCGAUGGUAACCUUGGUGAAGUCCUCAAUGCUUUAUCGGCCGUUCAGGGCUUGCUUUGGCGUACUGUCGAUUUUUCGAACCAAACUGUUGGGUCCUCAAGCCCGAACACAACAACGAGCGGGAACGCCUCGAGUACUUCUGGCAGUCCCCAAAGUACGGGCGCAGGAUCGACUGUUGCGGCGUCCUUUACUUUUGUGCUUGCGGUUGCAUUUGCUGCAGCUCUGAGCUGUUAAGCGACAACCCUAGACGGACGCAUGAUCUCGAGAGUCAAAGUUUCUUGAGCAUCAUGUGCUCAAGACCGAAACAAUUCGAGGUCUGUAGGCGUGUUGCACGGUCAUUAUAAGCAACAGCCGUUACUAU